UUACAAUGAAUUAAUAUAUGCUAUUCUGCUUCGCAAUUUUCUGCGUGCGUGUUUUCUUUUAUCGUUGGGUCUCCUUUGGCCAAAGGGACCCAGUCAUAGGGGCACUGGUUUUUAAGAGAAUAAAACAAGAUGGCGGUCAAGACGUUAGGAGUUUUAUGGCUUACUUCAAUUUGUGUCCGUUUUCUGUGGACAAUAUAUCCUCAAACAGGCUAUAUACACCCCGAUGAGUUUUUUCAAUCACCGGAGAUCAUAUCUGGAGAUGUUCUUGGGGUUUACUCCUUGAGGACCUGGGAAUUUAAUUCAUCGUUUCCUUUACGUUCCGUGGUUUUCCCAUAUUUGACUGCAGGCUUUCCCUUUUGGAUUUUACGACACUUUACCAAUGGCCGGGGAGAAUUUGAUUCCAGAACCCUUCUGAUUUUACCCCGGUUAUCCUUCUGCCUGUUUUCGCUGGCUGUGGAUUUCUGUGGCUACCGAAUCGCGGAAGUGUUGCACAUCGACCCGUUACCCGUACUAACCCUCAUUGGAACUUCAUACACUUCUCUUGUUUUCCUAACAAGACCUUUUUCAAAUUCCACGGAGUCAGCGUUAUUUGCACUUCUAUUGUGGUUCGUUAUUGCUGUCAUUGCAUCAACAUGGACAACCUCCGGACAAAAUGAGGGCUCUAAAAUGGCCCGUUUAUUUUUUAUUGGGGUAAUUAUCGCUUCGGGGUUCUGGAAUAGACCUACCUUCGUUGGAUUCGGUCUGAUUCCUGUGCUUAGUCUACUUGCAGCAUUGUCGCUACGACACACAGCAUUGAAUGCGUCCAGCUUUGUUGUUAUCAUAUUGAAAGAUAUUCUGUUUAUUGCGGUAGGAUUUUUAGCUGCUGCCCUUAUAUUUGUGACCAUAGAUUCAUUCUACUUCUCUGAAGCAUAUUUCCGAAUUACAAUCACACCUUUAAACUUUCUUAGAUACAACUUGGACUCAUUAAAGGUAGAAGAGCAUGGAAUUCAUCCACGAUUUACUCACUUUUUGGUCAAUUUUCCUCUGUUGUGUGGAAUACUUUUUGUAUUCCUUUGUGCAUUUCUUGUAACUUUUGCAAUGCAAAGAGAUUUUGUCAAGACUUUGGAAACAUUUCAGAUAUCAAGAGAUACCAUGAAAAUGGUUAAAUAUGCGUCAGUCAAGUUCAUCCUUGUUACACUGCUUCUUAGCGCUUUAGUUCCGGUUAGUCUACUUUCAGUCAUUCCACAUCAGGAGCCACGGUUCAUCCUUCCCGUCCUUCUACCCUUAGCAAUUCUCUUCUCGCAUCUCAUAUUUGGAAAGAAAGCUUACUGGAUAGCUACAGCAUCUUGGAUAAUCUGGAACAUUCUAGGUGCUGUUGUGUUUGGUGUGCUUCACCAAGGCGGUGUUACACAAUGCCUUGUGUAUCUACAGCAGCAAAUGCAUGCAAAAGAUGGAACUUACCAUAUUAUCUUCUCAAAUACGUACAUGCCCCCACGACAUUUACUGGCCUGGUCCAGUCAUGAUAACAGUAAUCAGCAAGUAUUGUCACGAAAACCAGGACUGAAUGUCUAUGAUCUUGCAGGACAACCUAUUACAGAAAUUAAUGCAAAACUUACAGGAAUUCUAAAGGUUGAAAACAAGGAGAAUGCAAAAAGAAUGACGAUCUUGCUGGUUGCGCCCUCAAAGAUUCAAUUCCAUCACAAGGACUUCACCUUGAUCAAACAGUUUUAUCCUCACCUCUCAAUGGAACACCCACCCAAUGUGAUGGCGGCCUUUGUCCAAGAGAACCUUGAACGUUGUCAUCAUGGCUCAACCUUAAAAUCACAUCUUGGACAAAAAGUUGAUCAACCCUAUUGUGUUAAUAAGAGAGAAACACUGUCAAACUGGUUCAAGCAAGAGUUUGCACUUAAUCUGUACAAAUACACAUCAGAAUUUUUGCUAUGAAAUCAUUGUUUUCCCAUCUUUAAAAUCACACUUGUUUAAAAGGUUUUCUCCUCUAAAGAAUCAUGUUAAUUUUUUUGAUAUUGUCCUGCAGCUCUGCAGAAAAGUGGUGAAAUAAACAUUUGAUUGCUUGAUUAAAUAAUAAGAGUAACAGCA